AUGGCGACGUACACAUGCAUCACGUGCCGAGUGGCGUUCCGCGACGCGGACCUGCAGCGGGCCCACUACAAGACCGACUGGCAUCGCUACAACCUGCGGCGGAAGGUGGCCGACAUGGCCCCGGUCACGGCUGAGGGCUUCCAGGAACGGGUGCAGGCGCAGCGGGCCGUGGCGGAGCAGGAGAGCAAGGGCACGGCCACCUACUGCACCGUGUGCAGCAAGAAGUUCGCCACCUUCAACGCCUAUGAGAACCACCUGCAGUCCCGGCGACACGUGGAACUGGAGCGCAGGGCGGUGCAGGCGGUGAGCCGCCGCGUGGAGAGGAUGAACGAAAAGAACCUGGAGAAGGGGCUGGGCGCCGACAGCGUGGACAAGGACGCCGUGAACGCGGCCAUCCAGCAGGCCAUCAAGGCGCAGCCGUCCGUGUCGCCCAAGAAGGCCCCGGAGACGCGCAGGGACCCCGCCGCGCCCACUCACCACCAGGAUCCGACCCAGAAGCCGCCCCGGCUGCAGUGGUUUGAGCAGCAGGCCAAGAAGUUGGCCAGGCAGCAGGGGGAGGCCAGCGAGGAGGAGGAGGAGGGGGCCCUGGACGGAGACGAUUGGGAAGAUCUGGAUUCCGAUGAGGAAUUGGAAUGUGGGGAUGCUGAGGAGCUGGACGAAGACACCGAUGAGGAAGGGAGCCCGGGUCCCGCAGCCCUGGGGGCCAUCCCUGUAACUGACUGCUUGUUCUGUUCCCAUCACUCCAGCUCGCUGGUGAAGAAUGUGGCUCAUAUGACGAAAGUCCACAGCUUCUUUAUCCCCGACAUUGAGUAUCUUUGUGAUCUGAAGGGACUGAUCAGGUAUUUGGGGGAGAAAGUCGGGGUUGGGAAGAUCUGCCUGUGGUGCAAUGAGAAAGGGCGCUCCUUCUACUCCACGGAGGCGGUGCAGGCGCACAUGACCGACAAGAGCCACUGCAAGCUCUUCACUGAUGGGGACGCCGCCCUGGAGUUCGCAGACUUUUAUGACUUCAGGAGCAGCUACCCGGAUCACAAGGAAGGGGACGAGCCCGGGGAGGCUGAGGCGUUUCCCUCAGAAAAGAGCGUGCAGUACGAUGACGAAACCAUGGAGCUGGUACUGCCUUCCGGGGCCAGAGUGGGCCAUCGCUCCCUGAUGAGAUAUUAUAAACAGCGCUUCGGUGUGUCAAGAGCCGUGACGGUUGCUAAAAACAAGAAGGUGGUGGGCAGAGUCCUCCAGCAGUACCGAGCCCUGGGCUGGACCAGCAGUACAGGAGCAGCUCUGAUGCGCGAGCGGGACAUGCAGUAUGUCCAGAGGAUGAAGUCCUCGUGGAUGCUGAAGACGGGAAUGAAGAACAACGCCACCAAGCAGAUGCAUUUCAGGGCCCAGGUGCGAUUCUGA